AACAAAGUCAAAGAAAUACAAGCUUACAUUCAAAAUUGGAUGUUCGACUCAAAUAAAAAAGUUUACUUGGCCCCUUAUUUUUCUGAUGCUCAUUGGCAACUUUUAGUUAUUUGUCCUAUGGACAACAUAGCUGUAUGCAUUUGCUCGUUGCAUAAACCUCCUCCUAUGGAUUUUAGACAAUUAUUAGAUAGGGCCAUGGAAGGAUAUCAUAUACUUAAGGGUUCAAAGAUGAAGAAAAAAAUGAGUUGGGUCUCUCCUAAAUCUCAUAAACAAAAAGGAAAUUAUGAGUGCGGACACUAUGUAAUGAAGACAAUGCAUACUAUUGUCGAUUCACAAAUAGUAUCUGGGUGGACUGAAAUAUUUAUAGAUCGAUCACCAUUGCCGCUAGAAGACAUAAACAUCAUUAGGGAGCAAUGGGCCACAUUUUUUAUUGACCAUUACUUUAACUAGUUUGAGCUUAUGUUUUAUAGUAUUGCUUUAACUAGUUAGAACUUACAUUUCAUUGAGCAAUGUAGUUCAUUUAUGUAUUAGAUGUACUUAAAACUAUUCAAUUAUAUAUAUGAUUAACAUUUA